AUGGCUGUAAGAUACACAUUCAAUUUUUACCUACGGAAACGGUUCCUUGAGCGUCGGCUUCCGUUUCUGGAUCCGUCCAGACAUGUUCCAUGGUCACCGAUCUAUGGGGUACCCAUGGGUGGUAUCGGAUCAGGCGCUAUAGGUAGAGGAUUUCGUGGAGAAUUCGUGCGCUCGAGCCUCAUUCCCGGAAUUUAUUCCUACGACCCACAGCCUGCCGAUCAGUUCAUUCUCACAUUGCGGCGAAACGGACGCACCCUGUACCAACAAGUGCUUUCUCCGAAAUCAGCUAUGCCUAGCAAUGUGAAUGGAUUACGGGACUGGACUUGGGGGUUUCCGGCUGAGAGCGCGCACUACAUUGGUCUUUAUCCUCGAGCUUGGACUAUCUAUGAGCUUCCGCAAUAUCAGCUUAUUCUCGUCUGUCAGCAGAUUUCUCCGGUAUUACCACACGACUAUCAAACCACUUGUUUGCCGGCUUGCGUUUUUCUCUGGCAAGUGCUCAAUCUAGGUGCACAACCAAUCGAAGUGUGCAUCACUUUCUCCUGGCANUCCUGGCACGGUCCCGAUCCUGUUCCACGGGAUAUGCCCAGUACACAGAAAUCGGACAAUACCCAAACAAACGGACUCAACUGUGUUUCGCGAACCGUGUCCACCGAAACCCCGAAGGCAUUGGCAGCAAAACCACCGGAACACUAUCUUUCUCGAUCCGCUUCGUUUGUGGAUUCGGAAUUAUCGUUCGCCGGUUGUUUUCUCGAACGGAUGAUCGGUAACGAACUCCCGUGCUGUUUUGGCAUUGCGGCCAGACAGUCAAAUGGGGUAAGUAUUUAUUUUUCUAUCUACGCUUUCCGUAUUCAAUCUCGUUGUAUCAUCAGAAUCGUGAACAGUUCCCCACUCGGGGCUAUCCUCAGUCCUUUGUGCGAAAACCGCUCGACAUAA